AUGACUAACCCUGGCAGUUAUUCAGUCAAAAUCCCUUUAAGAAUAGAUGCUUGCCAUGUUGUGAAUUGGAAAAGCUUUAACUUUUUAUUGCCUUUAACUGUUCGUCCUCCCGUUUCUUUAUUCGCUUAUCACGUUUAUUUUUUAUCUAUAUAUCCAUCCAUUUAUCCUAUUCAUUUAUCUAUUUACGCACACUUACUUAUCCAUCAUAUAUUAUCGACGUAUCAAUUCAUCUAUCCGUUAAUCUGUUUAUUCUCUUUCUCUCUCUCUCUGGCAGACCGAAAUGGCCUUCCUCCGCCAGACCUAAACAACCUCGGUCUCGAAGCUCCAGGUUACGACCCAAGGCGAGGAGACUUCCAGCGCCCUCCUCUGAACGGCACCGCCCUGAGCCAGCGAGACCAAGGGCCGUGCCGUUCCCCGGGGCGCGUGGAACCGGGGAACCUCACCUGCUACUCGUGCAAGCUAGACUUCAGGCCGCGGAACUACAAGUGGGACCACCCUUGCCUCGGACGUCACUCGGGUCUCACCGUGAAUCCCGAUUAUCUCGUGGCGUGCGGACCCAACGAUAAGUACUGCAGGGCAGAGAGAACAGAAGUCAACGGGAUCCUGAUAUUACUGACGAGGGAGUGCACGGAUGAGUGUUAUUACGGCUGUCGACCCAAAGGCUUCGGGAUAAAUUUCGAGUCGUGUGCUCAGUGUUGUAACAGCCACGGUUGUAAUGACAUGUACCCCGAGAGCUUGGCGUCCGUUCGCCACGCUAGCCGAGUGGUUGUUAGCUGGUGUCUCGCCCUCCUCUUUUUCUCUUUCUUUUAAAGCCAUUCUUGGCUGCACUUCGAUUUAUUUUUGUAUUUUUGUCUCUGUCUAAUUUGUCUGUCAGUAUGUAUGCAUGUAUGUAUGUCUCUCCUCUUCUCUCUCUCUCUCUCUCUCUCUCUCUCUCUCUCUCUCUCUCUUUGCGUAUCUUGUUUAUAUCUCGAUUUUCUCAGUCUCUAUCUUUUUUAGGCGAACCUUUCUUCAGUCUCCCAUUCAGCAGUUGUAAGAUAUAUUAAAUUAUCAUUACCUCUUUUCUCCAUCCAUAAUAAAUGGGCUUCAUCCUCCCUCAUCCUCAGGUAAUUUCAUCCUUGUAGUUGGAGGUUAUGUCGUAAAGGAUCAUUUUCCGAUGAACUCGUAGAUCAUCUGCUGAUGAUUUCUUCGCAUCCAGAAUGUAUGGCUCUUCCGUCCACUAGAAAAGCAAGAACUUAACAGGCUGAUCCAAAGUGCAUGGUCUAUUCGAACACCACUUUAUACCAUAUGGUAUGGAUGUUGAUAUAAAUUAUUGGUUCGUCUCUCUGCAGUCGUUUCUUUAGACAGCUGGAAUUUACCUAAAUUUCGUGUAUCAGAUAUUUAUAAACAUUAUGUCUGUUAUUUGAUAAUCGAGACUCAUUGUCAGUCACCAUGGAAAACCCUCCAGGUGUAAAAAUUAGUUGUAGUUGACAAAUAACUGUAUAGGCAUUAUUAUAUCUUCCUAUUAUUGUACAAAAGGAGCAAGCCAUGUCUUUGCAUAAUAUAAUUAAUAUUUUUGAAAGCAAGGAACUCUAUUUUUAAUCUGCAUCUUAUUACUAAUAGUCACUUGACUGUAGUCGUAAAUUCCAACCACACAUUCAAGCAAAGUGUUUAUAUGUUUAUUUCAACUAUAUCAAGUAACAGCAAAUAUGUGAAUCUUUUUUCACAUGGUCUUUCUAGUCAUUUUAUCUGAUUCAUAACAUAAUCAGGACUCUCUGUACUGUGACAGAAAUCACAUAUAUAUUCACAUUUUAGUACAUAGUACAUUCAUUUGUCAUGAUUGAAUAAAAUGAGUAACUGUAGUGGCAAAUUAUUAAAGCUUACAUUUUUCACAUAAAUUUAGACAUGCCGAAAAAUUGUUCUUUUAUGUAUAUACAGAAAAAAGUCAAAUACUGUGUUUAAAAAGUACACUUCCUCACUUAUAAAAUAAAAGAGCAAAUGUAAAUAUUUUUUUC